GGGACCGCCUUUUGGAUAUACCCUGUAAGGUGUGCGGUGAUCGCAGUUCCGGCAAACAUUAUGGCAUAUACAGUUGUGAUGGUUGCUCCGGCUUCUUCAAACGUAGCAUCCAUCGCAAUCGUAUUUACACCUGUAAGGCAACGGGUGACAUGAAAGGCCGCUGUCCUGUCGACAAAACCCAUCGUAACCAGUGUCGAGCCUGCCGUCUGAAUAAAUGUUUUCAAUCGGCCAUGAAUAAAGAUG